AUUAAUUGCAUAAGGCUGUCAACAGUAGGCUAUAAUUCCUGUCAUGAAUUGGACUAAAUAAGAUGGUUUGUGAAAAAAAACAAAGGGAAGCACAGAGUUAAUUUGGAGUUGGAGUUUACUCCAACAGCUAUCAGGAAUCAUCAGACAGUUGUGUCUCUCAACUGUUUGUCAAGCUCUUUUUGGAUACGAACGGAAAAACAUAUGAAAAGACUGAAAAUGAUGCUGAGUCCCGACCAAGCUGAUUCCGACCUCGGAUGGGGACAAUCCGACGCAGAGUCGGUGCUCAACGAUCUCAAGGUCGGGUGCCUGUCCGACGAACCGAUGGAGGGGGAGGGGAAGACGAGGUCGCUGGCCCAACCGACCCUCAGCAGGGAGGAGAAGAGACGGAGGAGACGUGCGACGGCCAAGUACCGCUCGGCCCACGCCACGCGCGAGAGGAUCCGCGUGGAAGCGUUCAAUGUGGCCUUCGCUGAACUGAGAAAGUUGCUGCCAACCCUUCCCCCUGACAAGAAACUCUCCAAGAUCGAGAUCCUCAGACUUGCAAUAUGCUAUAUCUCCUAUCUCAAUCACGUUCUGGAUGUCUAG